UAGGUUGGCUGUAUCGGAACUUUGCGAUUUCAUCCAAAAAGAGCAGAACACUACGAGACUACCUCCUUCUCUCCAAGUCGUUGUCUUCUUCGGUUCUUCCUAGCGUCUCCCCGUUCUUCUCUCCGUAGUAGCUAACAGUAUAGUGUGGCCUCGCAUGGAGACUUUCCCUCCUCGCUGGCCCCGCAUCUGGCCCGGAUUAACCGCCUUGGGCUCCCUCCCCAGAUUGCCCCACCCACCGUCAGCCUCGUCAGGUAUGUCUCGUGUUCCCUAACCUUGACGCUUCUCCCUUCUCGGCGCCUGCUUCGUUGGUUGCCUUCAGCGGACGCCGCCGAUUCGGCUCUCCUGUUCGGCGCCCUCCCCAGAUUGCCCCACCCACCGUCAGCCUCGUCAGGUAUGUCUAGUGUUCCCUAACCUUGACGCUUCUCCCUUCUCGGCGCCUGCUUCGUUGGUUGCCUUCAGCGGACGCCGCCGAUUCGGCUCUCCUGUUCGGCGCCGUGUCUUGCGACAGACAAUGCUACAUUCUGGAGUACAUGGAUUAGAUGGGUGUUGUGCACUGCUUUUAUAUGGAUCUAAUGAUUGUGGCCUUGAACGUUCUCGCCAGGCAUAUCUCAUGUUUUUACAUGGAUUAGAUAAGUACAUGAAUCUUUAUUUAGGCCUGUUUGGUUACUUUAGUCUAGGGACUAAAGUUUAGUACUCCAUAUCCAGCUUGAUUUGAGGGACUAAAAGUAUCCAUAACGCAUUAAAUGACUCGUAAGAAACCAAAAUGCCUCUCAUCAUUCUCUGGCAUUAGAGCAUCUGAAAUAAAUGAGAGCCAAAAGUGGAAUUAAUAUGGUUUAGUCCCUUUUAUCACCCCUUGAAGGGACUAGAGACUAAAGCAGUUUAGUCCUUGUUUUAGUCCUACUAUUUGGCAAUUUAUAGACUAAAUGAGACUAAAAUGGAGGGACUAAUCUUUAGUCCUUGGAACCAAACAGGCCCUUAACCCGAAGGUAAUUGAGAUUGCGAAGAAGAUGAAAGAGGAGAGGGUCAAGUUGUUUACUUCAGAAUAUUUUGCUUACAGAUGAUACGACUAGAUCAAAUCAGUUGCAUUGGUCCUCCCAGGACAAACCAUGCUCCGGAGACAGAGGCGGCAGAGCUGGGGCAGGAGCAGAGCCAUCACAGAAAUUCUUGUCUCCAGUCCAUUAAAAAUCCAUGCAUAAGCAGCCGCGAGAGGUCUCAGACAGAUAAGAUGGUCGACGGCAUGGACUUCGAGGAGCUCUGCAGCGACUUCGAAUGCAUAAGCAGCCCCUACGUGGAGUCCAUAAUGAGGCAGGUCGCGCGGGACAUCUUUGAGCUUCGCGAGGAUAACCGCGCAUUCAGCUGCUACGCCGUCCCCGUGAAGUAUGAGGCUCCUUCCUGAUGAUAAUUUAUAAUGAUAAAUCGAGGAAACUCCAAUAAGUUUCCUUCCUUUUUUUCCUUUCGUUUUUCUCCCUUCUCUGAUUUUUCACUGUGGAGGGACUGGACUUCCGACAAAGGAAAUCACAACAUUGUAUAUGAUUGACUUGUAAUAUGUUAGUAAAUAUGUCUGUACGUUAUGACAAGAGAUAUAACUUGUUUUAGGGCUAGUUUGGUAACUUCAUUUUUUCAAGGAAUUUUUUCAUUUUUCCGAGGGAAAUUAGUUCAUUUUUUACAGGAAAAAUGUAAAUCCCUUGAGAAAAAUGAGUUGCCAAACUAGCUCUUAUCUAGAUAAUUUGUAGCUCAAAA